AUGUCACGCUCUGAUUUGUUAGAAAAAUACUCUGAAUGGUUGAAUAAGGAAGUGAAAAAUGGUAAUAUAUUCUUUUAUAAAUAUUCACUGUUCAGCAAUAUUGAAGCUAUUGGAAGAGGCGGGUUUGGUUCUAUUAGUUCGGCUGAUUAUGAUGGAGAAAAAGUCGCAUUGAAAAACCUUAACACCAAAGAAGUGACUAAAAACUUUGCCAACGAGCUUAGACAACUACGUGCUAUUAAAUUUCAUCCAAAUAUUAACCAAUUCUAUGGGAUUUCAAUAGAAAAAACAAUUGGUGAAGAGUUUAUUAUAAAUCGUAAUCGUAGACUUAAUCCUAUUUUAACUGCGAACAGAUCAACUACUUUACUUUCCGUUGAACUAAGUGGACAGAUAAUAAAUGAACCUAGCUUAGAUAGAUCUCAAAAUGAAGAUUAUGCGAACGAACUGAAAGCUCAAGGACUAAUUUAUUAUGAGCAAAGACAAGCAUAUUGUGCACUUGGCGAAUUCGGAAAUUCACUUGAAGACUUAAAUAAAGCAUUAAAUAUUGGCCCAAAUGACGCAGAGUCCCUAAAAUUGCAAGGAAUAGCUCGCAAUUAUUUAGGGAUCAAUUAA